GAUCAAGGUCGUGGCGGCGAAGCAUCGGAUCGGCACGAAGGACCCGAGAUGUUGGGGAAGGCUUUCCAGGCGAGCGUGUUUAGCAUCGACCGCGAGCGCGAGCUCGAGGAGGCGGCCAAGGCGGUCGAGGCGCCCCCAGAGAGGCCGCGCAAGGCUGCCCUGGAGGCGGCCAGGCUGGAGAAGCCGAAGGCAGUGGAGGAGCCGGUCAGACCGCUGGAGAGGAACAUCCACUUGACGUCGGCGCUCGCCGGCGAGCUGACGGGCGACCUGGCGGCGGCGUACUCCCAGAGGUCGUUCCAGGAGAGCGGGUGCGCAAGUGCGCGCGCGACUCCGGCUACGAGCGCGCCGUCUUCCUGGCCCGCCUGCCGGAGACCUGGCCUUCCAGGUGCAGAAGCCAGUGCUGCAGAAGUGGGGUUUCGAGGCCAGCGCGCACGGCGUCCGCGAGAUGACCGCCGCCCUGCGCGACCCCGACGGAAGCGGGCAGGAGCCGCCGCGUGCUCCGGCAGGACCGCUGCCUCGAGCUGCUGUACGGCGGCAAGGACGGGCAAGAUGCUGGACGCCCUCGUCCGGUGA